CCUCCGCCCCCUCGGCGUCCCGCUCCCGCCCCCGGCUUCGCCUCCCGCUGCCGCCGCUGCCGCCGCUUCCCGCGGCCUGGGCCUCCCUCUGCCAGCAUGCCACACGCCUUCAAGCCAGGGGACUUGGUGUUCGCUAAGAUGAAGGGCUAUCCCCACUGGCCGGCCCGGAUUGAUGACAUUGCUGAUGGUGCUGUGAAGCCCCCACCCAACAAAUACCCCAUCUUCUUCUUUGGUACACACGAAACAGCCUUCCUGGGACCCAAGGACCUGUUCCCCUACGACAAAUGUAAAGAUAAGUAUGGGAAACCUAACAAGAGGAAAGGCUUCAAUGAGGGACUGUGGGAGAUCCAGAACAAUCCCCAUGCCAGCUACAGUGCUCCUCCACCAGUGAGUUCCUCUGACAGCGAGGCCCCCGAGGCUGACCAAGUAGGUGGGAGUGACGCAGAUGAGGAUGAUGAAGACCGAGGGGUCAUGGCUGUCACAGCUGUAACCGCCACGGCCACUAGUGACAGGAUGGAAAGCGACUCAGACUCAGACAAAAGCAGCGACAACAGUGGCCUGAAGAGGAAGACCUCAGCACUAAAGAUGUCAGUCUCGAAACGAGCUCGAAAGGCCUCCAGUGACUUGGAUCAAGCCAGCGUGUCCCCAUCCGAAGAGGAAAACUCAGAAAGUUCCUCUGAGUCAGAGAAAACCAGUGACCAGGACUUCACCCCUGAGAAGAAAGCAGUGGUCCGGGCACCACGGCGGGGCUCCCUGGGAGGACGAAAGAAAAAGAAGGUGCCCUCAGCCUCAGAUUCAGACUCCAAAGCAGAUUCUGAUGGGGCCAAGGCUGAGCCAGUGGCUGUGGGGAGGUCAGCAUCCUCCUCCUCCACCUCCUCUUCUUCCUCCGACUCGGAUGUUUCUGUCAAGAAGCCUCCACGGGGCCGGAAGCCAGCUGAGAAGCCUCCCCCAAAGCCUCGAGGCCGGAAACCAAAGCCUGAAAGGCCCCCAUCUAGCUCAAGCAGCGACAGUGAGGAGGUGGACCGCAUCAGUGAGUGGAAACGGCGGGACGAGGCUAGACGGCGAGAGCUGGAGGCCCGGCGGCGUCGCGAACAGGAAGAGGAGCUGCGGCGACUGCGGGAGCAGGAGAAGGAAGAGAAGGAGCGACGGCGAGAGCGGGCUGAGCGCGGAGAGGCUGAGCGAGGGGGCAGUGGCGGCAGCAGUGGCGAGGAGCUCAGGGAUGAGGAGGAGCCUGUCAAGAAGCGGGGACGCAAGGGCCGUGGCCGGGGCCCCCAGUCCUCUUCUGACUCAGAGCCUGAGGGCGAGCUGGAAAGAGAGGCAAAGAAAUCAUCCAAGAAGUUGCAAUUGCAAGGUGCAGAGCCUACCAGGAAACCCAGCCAGAAAGAGAAGAGAGGGAGGCCUGAGGAGAAGCCCCGAGCCAAGCCUGUGAAGGUGGAACGAACCCGGAAGCGGUCUGAAGGGUACUCGGUGGACAGGAAGAUGGAGAAGAAGAAAGAACCUUCUGUGGAGGAGAAGCUUCAGAAGCUACACAGUGAGAUCAAGUUCGCCCUGAAGGUUGACAGCCCGGACAUAAAGAGAUGUCUGAGCGCACUAGAGGAGCUGGGCACCUUACAAGUGACCUCACAGAUUCUGCAAAAGAACACAGAUGUGGUGGCCACGUUGAAGAAGAUUCGCCGUUAUAAAGCCAACAAGGAUGUGAUGGAGAAGGCAGCAGAAGUCUAUACCCGGCUCAAGUCCCGGGUCCUGGGGCCCAAGAUCGAGGCAGUGCAGAAAGCAAACAAGACUGGAACAGAGAAGGAGAAGGCUGAAGCAGAGAAGGCCGAGGAUAAGCUGGCCGGGGAGGAAGCGCCAAAAGGGAAGGUGGAGGAUGAGCCAAGCACUGAUCUUUCAGCUCCGGUGAAUGGUGAGGCCACAUCCCAGAAGGGGGAGAGUCUGGAGGACAAGGAACUUGAGGAGGGCCAGGACUCGGAGGGGCAGAGGGGCGGUUCCUCUGAAGACCUACAUGGCGACAGCCUGCAGGAGGGUCCUGACCUGGACGGGCCUGGGAGUGACCAGCAGGAACAUGAGAGGUCACGGAUGGACUCGGAAUCCCUGGAUGAGGAGAGCUGAGCUGCAGGCAGCCGAGCCAGCCCCUACCCCAAGCUCAGCCCACAGUAGAUGCCUGUAGGCCUGCCCCGUCCUUCACAGCCUCCCAGGGAAGCAGAGAACUUUUGGGGAAAUGCUGUGCUGUUUGUUUGUAUUUGUCCCCUUGGGUUUUUUUCUGCCUAAUUUCUGUGAUUUCAAACCGACAUGAAAUGACUAUAAAGGUUUUUUUAAUGAAAAAAGAAA